AUGGCCUUCCUCCAAACAACCCUAAAAUCGGGGUACAUCACAGAUCUCAUCCUACCUCGCCCACUCGAAGGGCAGACACCGGACGAGGUACUGAAAGCGGGGCUCGAUGCCAUCUUCGCCUCAGUACACACGCCCAACACGAUGAUCACACUCAACCCACUCGUGCACGAAGUCAAGCAACUGUCGCCAUCCGACCCGAAAGCCGUGGACGUGAUGAGUGUGGCGCCCAUCUUCGGCCUGGCCGUUGACGCGCCGUACGCCGUCCUCCGCGACGGCGAGAACCCGGCGCUCGGCGGGUUCCAGCAGUUCGAGAUCCUGGACAAACUCAACGUCAUGUUCGGGUACACCACCGACCUGACGUAUUUCAGCGCGAUCCGCGCCACCAAGAUGGGCAUGGAGGCGCUGACGAAUGCCGGCUCCGGCGUGGUCAUUUACGGGCGCUGGGAGAUCAAAGUCUCCGGGUCGCCUGGUGGUGAGGGCACUAGUGGUGGUGGUCAGGUCAUCAAUCUGAUCGAGAGGAACGAAAUCAAGACCAAUGUCCUCUUGAGCUGGUAUAUCAAGGCCAGUCUCGACAAGAGUCAUCGCGAAACCCAUCGUAGGCUGAAGGAGAAAUGGCUCAGUGCGAUGCGCGACGCCGGGUAUAAGUCCUGA